GGGGGGGGGGGGGGAAGGUUACCAAUUUCUGAAUAUGCUUUUUGAAAAAUACCUAAGAGUCCAAAACUGUAUGUUUAAGGCAGAACAUUGGCAGUGGUUUGGGUAUUUGUUUCUUGUUUUUUUGAAUGUUAAAAGUAUUUCUGCUUUCUAUGUGAUUGUAGUUAUGUUGAACUUACCAUAAUUUUACAUCUUACAUAUAGAUAUUAUGGAUAGCCUUCAUUUGAGUGUCAUAGCUGUGCUCCUUUACUUUAACCUUCCUGGACUGACGGACACCAAGUCACACCAGAUUCUUUCUGAUAUCUCUCAUCAUUCAGACUGCUGGUGGGAUGGGAAGUUCUUAGUGAACUGUUCAUUUACUGGAAUAUCUGCUAUUCCAGAAGAUAUAUCACAAACAGUGGUAACAGCUGAUUUAAGUUACAACAACAUUAAAACAUUCCUGUGCACCAAUGGCAGAAAUGAAAAAUGGAUGCUGAAACACCUGAAUCUCAGUAACAACCUGAUUUCUGAAGUCUCCUUUACCACUCUUAGAAACUUACCAGUUUUAGAAACUCUAAACCUCAAUGGUAAUGCCAUCAACACCCUCACACUGGACAUACCUACACCUGCACAUGUGUCUGAAAAGUACAGAGAAGCCUAUCAUCUCUUGCCUGCUUUGAAAGUAUUAUCAGUUGAAAGAAACAAUCUUAAUACAAUUCCUAGAGGACUAGGAAUGCUGCAGUCUUUACAAACUGUCCAUUUGUCAUCCAAUGACAUAUUACAGAUUGAUUUGAAUGAUUUUCAAAACUGUUCACAACUGAAGAAUAUCUACUUACAAGACAACAAGAUAACUAAAAUUCAUCCAGAUGCCUUCAAGGAUCUCAACAAAUUACAGGUCGUGGAUCUCCGUGGAAAUGAUCUGACAACUCUUCCACCACAUAUAUUAAUCAAUUUGAACAUAUUUCAACUUGGAGUGGAUUCAUCAAAUCAUCCCUGGAUAUGUAACUGCAGACUAAAUGCUUUCAAAAAUUUAAUUCAUUUUCUUUUUGACUCAAUGAGGGAAAAAUGGAAUAUUUCAUGCAAUAAAUCUGCCAACAUCUCACUGAAACCUCUCCUGCCUCUUUCAAGUUUCCAUUUAAACUGCAAUGACAGUGUUUCAUUUAAAACAACUGUAAUCCCAACAGGAAAGACAUCUGUGCUAAACUGUGACUUGGAUAACACAAGCGGUAAUGGCGUCUCUUGGUGGACAUCUACUGGCAGAAUUUCAAAAGACAUUAGUCUUCCUCAUUUGACAUUAGAUAAAAUGAAUAAUUUAGUAAUAUACAAUGCUGAUAGAAAUGUUGAAGGAUUUUAUAUGUGUAUUUUUAAUACAACAAGAAAGAAAUAUCUCAUCUACAAUAUAGAGGUAAAAGAAAAGCUUUCAACUUCUUUGGUUAGAAAAAUCCGGGAUACUAACACUGUUUUUAGACAAGGAAGAACGGAACAAGACCUUGCAUUGGCCAUCUGCCUCUCAGUGUUCAUUACAUUUGUUUGUGUUUUUUGUCUGGGUGCCUUUGCUAGACCCUACCUUGUGAACUUGUGGAGACUCCUGCACAGAAACAAAAAUUCAGCUUCAGAACACAUUUAUUCUAAUCAAGCUUUUUCAAAUGAAACUCUGGGCAGAGAGUGUUCUACAAGCAAAUCAACAAAUACACAGAAUAAUUUGUUAAUUUGUGAUGAAAAUUCUUUAAAAAACACAUGUAUUUUUCCUACAGAAACUUCUAGUUUGUAUGAAAGUGUCGUUUAUAGCAAUGCAUAUGCACCAAAUACUGAGGAAAAGUACCAGAAGCAAAGCAGUAAUGAGAUCAAAGCAAAGCAAAAAUCAGUGUUUUCAAACAACAAAGCAACUAGUAUCAGCAAUGAAAAUUAUAUAAAUGUUGAUCACAAUGGACAAUCUUCUGUAAGGAUGGAUUGCAAAAACAGAAAUGAAAUAACACCAAGAAAAGUAACAAACAAUGACAUUUCAUUAUAUGAAGAUUCAAAUUAUGCAAAUAAUGAAAACUCAGAGAACAGCAGUUUCCCUCCCAUACCCAACAGAUUGAACGCUGACCCUUAUUCAAUUCACACUGAAUCUUCGGAUUUAGAUUUACCCUCCACAGGAGAGACUGGCUUUCCAUUUUCUGGAAUACAAACACAUAUAAAUGCACAGGACUCUGGGAACAGUGAGAUAACUAACAAAUCUGAUCUGCUGCAGCCUGAAAUUACAGAGGCUACACCAGACUCUCCUGAAUGGAAAAAAAUGAUCUCACAUAAUGAGCCCCUAAGCGCUAUGACAUUUGUGCCCAGAACACAAAACUGUGAUGAACAGCUUGGUGUAAACGGUAAAGUAAAUAAAAUCAGUGAUGCAGGAGAUUUUAUUUUACCAAAUAGCUGCAAGAAAGAUAUAAAUAAUUUAAGUGCCCAUCUAACAAGAGAAAAUUCUCUUACAGAAUAUUAUAAACCAGAAGGUACUAACGAAAGAGAUGUUUUAGCAGACAUAUUUGGCGAUAGUUCUUCAGACGAAGGGACUUCAUUUACAAUGAGCGACUGCAGUUCUUUAGCAGAUUUAGAACUGGGACAACCUAGCAACAAUCUCCCAGGCUGUCAGUCAUCACUAGAAAAAGCUGAUACAAACAAUGAAACUGGUAAGUUCUCAACAGUGCCAGAGUCUCCAAGCCUUGCUGCUGAACUUCGGCAUAUUGGAAAAGAUGAAAACAUGAACAAUGCCUAUUUUGAAACCACUGUUAGUUAUGGAUCAGAUACUGCCAUGUAUGAAACAGAAUCACCUUACACUAACAAAUGUAGCGAUCAUGUAACUGUGUCAGAUUCUGACACAAUCACUUUUUCUAGUCAAAAAGUUCCUGGUAUGUUUAGGUCUUUUACCAAUCCAGAGUCAACAAUUCAAAGCUCUAUUUCUGAUUCUCUCUGCCAUCAAAAUACAAGUUUUAAUGAUAUCAUGUUAGUUUCAUCAAAACAUUCUCCCACAUAUGCCUUACAUACAGAGAAUACUCCGUCUGAAGAGGCAGACUUGCAGCUGUAUCAAUUUUCCAUUCAACCCCAGCUCUUUCAGAGAUUCAGUCCCAGUGAACAAAAAGAAAAUGCAGCAGAGAUCAGUGCAGAAGAGCACACAGAGAGGAAUUCCUCUGAAGAGAAUCACAAUGAAGGGGAUAUUACAUUAAGAAGAAACAUGAGUACAUCUGAGAAAAAUCAUUUUACAUCUACUCCCAUUGAUUUGAGUUUGAAUCAAAUCAUUAGAAAAACGUCACUACUGUGUUCCAACACAGCCAUCAAUGAAUCAUCUCUUCAAUUUCAGCCUCAAAGCACAACUGAAAGAUGUGUUAUGGUUAUUACUGAGAAAGAGGACUCAUUACCACAGGGGAAGCAAGUGAAAAUGCCUAAGACUUGUGCAGAGAAAAUGCAAAAUGGCUUUAAUAAAAGAGAAUGUGAUGAGUAUACAGAAACACAAGAUAGCACCAAUUGUUGCCUGCCUGAAGAAAUGAAGGCUUGCAAUGUUAUGGCAGAUUUGCAUCAUCUUAACUGUUCUGGGAAAACACAGUUAGUCUUUAACACAGAAAAAUAUUCCCAAUUGGAUCAGAGUGAAGAAAAUGCAUAUUCCUCACCACUUCCACAAGACUUCUUUAAUGAAAGCAUACAAUACAGUUUAUGGUCAUUCCCACAAAAGACUAGAGGAAAUACAAUCUCCAGAAAGACCGAUUCCAGUGAGAUGGAGGAUGACACUACUUUGACAGAACUGGAAAACAAUUCUACAACAGCUGUCAAUCUCCAAAAUUUAAGUGAAAAACUCCAUCAAAAAAAUAAGACCAAUUUAGCUCAGGGUCACUUUUUUGUUAAGAAGAAAAGAGCAUUUGAUGGAUUUGCUAAUGUUUUGCAAAGCAGGAGAACAACAAACUACAACAAAUGAGGUAUAAAAAUGUAAAACCACUACACCUAGGACUCCCACAAUGAUGUCAUAUAGCAGGUGCAAAAAUGACUGUCUUAAAAUGAAGUUCUAUGGCUCCUGGUAACUGCUAAAUACUGAUUUUAUUUUUUUUCCCCUCAGUACAAUAAUCUACCUUUAGCUUUAGAAAAAAACAAGUUAUGGAACUAGGCCAAACAAUCAGAUGAAUGUAGCUGCAUGCCAUGCUCCAAAGUCUGGAUUCAUCUAAUUUAGGCAUCCAAUUUAAAAACACAUAGGUACCAUAAAGCCAAAGGGUAACACAAACAUUUGUGUACACAUAAGCCAGAAGCCAUGGAUUUGUAUUUAGAAUGGUACUUGUAAAAAAAUUCGAAAACAACUGUAGGAUACUCAAAAUGAAUAAACUACUCUACCUUUAAUUGUAAUAAACCUUGCAUUAAGUUAUAAUAAUUU